AUGGCUACUACUACUACUACAACUACCGAAGACCCUUCUUCGACACCCUCACCGUUCAACUACGUCCUUUCGUUUCUCCUGGUCGGUAUCUGCUGGGGCUUCACCACGCCGUUCAUCCGGAAAGCCGCCGUCAACUACACGCCGCCGUCGCACCCGUCCAUCUCGGACCCGUCGCGGUCCUGGAUAUCGCGCCAACUGGCCAAAGCAUUCUUCACCGUCGUCGGCCUCCUCCGGAGUCCAGGCUACGCUGUUCCGUUGGUCAUGAAUCUGACGGGGAGUAUUUGGUUUUUCUUACUGGUUGGACAAGCAGAACUCUCCCUGACUGUCCCCAUCACCAAUUCCCUAGCAUUUCUCUUCACGGUACUGGGAGAGUGGUACGCUGAGGGUAAACUCAUCUCCAGAGAUACAUGGGUCGGAAUGAUUCUCGUAUGCGCGGGGAUAGGGCUCUGCGUGUGGUCCAAGAUUUAA